CUCAGGUCCUUCUCGAGCACACACACACUAUGGCUUUUCUCACAGUAGCUAUUCUAUCUGUCAUAGCUCACCUGACCUUUGGUCAAGGUAUGGGUCAAAUGAGUAACGCUGGAUUUGGCUUUGGUAAUGCUGGAUCAUCUUGGGGUCAAGCGGGAGCUGGCUUUGGUCAGGCAGGAGCCGGCUUGGGUCAGGCAGGAGGAUCGUGGGGUCAAGCGGGAGCUGGCUUGGGUCAGGCAGGAGCCGGCUUUGGUCAAGCAGGAGCAUCGUGGGGUCAAGCGGGAGCUGGCUUGGGUCAGUUAGGCGCCGGCUUGGGUCAGUUAGGAGCCGGCUUGGGUCAGGCAGGAGCCGGUUUUGGUCAGGCAGGAGCCGGUUUUGGUCAGGCAGGUGCCGGUUUUGGUCAGGCAGGAUUGGGUUUGGGUCUACCAGGUUUUGGUCGACCAGGAGCAGGAUGGGGACAAAUAGGAGGAGUACUGGGCCAGAACACCAUCAACCCUUUCUUCAACACUACCAUCACCUGUACAUUCAGCGCUACAGGGAUCACGGGGUCCUUGACUCUGAGGAGGAGUCAACCAAGCUGGGGAGGAUGGGGUUUGGGUCAAUCCCGCGGAGGUCUGACUGGAUCUGCCGUUCUGAGAACAUCCACUGUGUCAGGAACCUACAACCUCGUUAUCACCGAGAGAUCUCGUGUGGAGGCUGGCUGUACUGCUGAUGGACUCGGUCCUGUCCUUGGAAGCAACGUGUGGGGUCAACAGUGGGGACAAGGUCUUCGUCAACAGUGGGGUCAGCCAUGGGGACAGCAGUGGGGACAAGGAUUGGGUCAAUCAUGGGGCACUGGAACGACCACCACCCCUGGAGUUGUCACCUCUGUCACCCUCUCUACCAACCAGGAGACUAUCAUUGACUUGGCCUCUGCCAACCUACCAUUCAGACAGAUCGAGCGAUUCGGAGGACGUGGCAUGGCUCUGUGUACAUCCUUGACCACUGGCACCGAUGGACGUCAAGUGUGUGUUGAGCCUAUCCUGGCCUGCUGCAAGUUGGGAUUCGACAAUCAGGACGCUGUCACCCCGGCAGCCCCUUAAAUCAGGAAGAGAUUCUUUCUGAUUGUUCUCAGUAUUUCAAAGAGAACAUAUUUUAUAGCUAUAAAUGUAAGCAAUGUGUGCUUCUAGUUGUGAAAAAGUGAAAUCAAGAUACCGAAAUAUCUGACACAGUAUCUUAGACAUCCUCAAUCAUCCACUGUGUUAUACAUGUAUAUCUAUUCCAUUAUGAUGAAGGGGGCGGUGGGGUAGUCUUGUGGUUAAAGUGUUCGUUCGUCACGCAGCAGACCUGGGUUCGAUUCCACGCAUGAGUACAAUAUGUGUAGCUCAUUUCUGGUGUCCUCCAUCGUGAUAUUCCUGGAAUAUUGCUUAAAGCGGCGUAAAACCAGACUCGCUCACAUACUCACUAUUAUAAUGGACCCAUUCGCACUAAAAUUGUGACUUUAACCAAAUUAUCUCACGUGCGAAAAAACCUGUUUGCGGAGUUGCUGACAAGAGAAAUGAUGAUGAACAACCCCAUAAUGGGUCCAGGUUAUCUAUCAAAAGCGACUGGUGAUUAAUUGCACUGUACAGUCGAGGAUGUCUUUAUUGAUAUCUCUGUGUCAAAAUAGAUUAUGCGAUUAUGUCCUUUUGGGGUAAUAUGAAAUCAAUUAUGAAAAUGUUCUAUAUGUAAUACUUAUUUAAAUGUGCUUGAGCAUCAUUCAAAAGGGUUGGGUUUUAAAACGUUGAUCUGUGCGUAGCUAUCUGUUCAAUGUUCAUAUGUUGUAUAUAUUUCAUGUAUGUAGUAAUUUAUUUUAGAAUAAAAAUGAAGUUAAAAUGGU